AUGUACGUUCCAGUCUUGACUUCUAAAAAGGAUGAAGCAAAUUGUCAAGCCACGAAGGCAUUUAUUGACACAGGUUGGGGUCUGAAUCUCAUUAGCCAUUCGUUAGCAACGAAAUUAGAACUUCCAGUUGCAAAUGAACGUUCUCUUCAAAUGAAAACUCUAAUCGGUUCAUUUUCGACAUCAGCUUUUGACACGAACGUUACCUUAUCUCCAGAAGCCGUUAAACGUAAAAAUCAGUUUAUAAAACUACCUGUUACGGCUAUUGAAGAUAAAUACUUCAAAGAAUUGAACAACGAUGUUCAAGAUCCUCAGAUUGGUGUUAUUAUUGGCUGUCAAAGCAUUUGUGAUAUCGAGCUAAAGUGCUCAAAGUUAUCACGUUCUUGUGUGUUUGGCAAAAUUAAAGUUACGGGUCAAAAAGUCAAUUUUGUCAAAAACCCCAAUAUUCAUCACGUUACAGAGCUACGACGACAACGAAGACCUAGAAAGGUCAAUCCUGAAGCCGCUCGAAGAAAAAAGCCGGUUCAAAACUUCGAUGAACCAAGUUUUCAAAAGAGAAGAGCUAAAUUUCGUGCUGAUAAAAUAGGAAAUCGUCCUACGGCAACUCAACGUUCUCGUCCUACGUUCAACUUGAAGAACAAUCAUGGUCAAGGAGAUACUGAAGCCGCUCGACGAAAAAAGCCGGUUCAAACGUACGAUGAACCAAGUUUUCAAAAGAGAAGAGCUAAAGUUCAUGAUGUUAAAGUUAGAAGUCGUCUAACAUCAGCUCAACGUCACCAUUCUACGUUCAACUUACGGAACGAUCUUCACCAGGACAAGUCUCUAGACAAGAGAAAACGUCGACGGAAACGGCCAAGGUCUAGGCCAUGUAAACUUUCUUUUCAGGUACCCGAUCGAUCUACGACACGAACUUCACGCCCGCUGCCGACGCCCGGAGGAACUUCGUCAUGCCCUGUUGCAGUUCAUGUAGAUCAUCGUGGUGGCCGGAGUGUAGUCGGAUCGGAUUCAAUUUGCAUAAAUUGA